UCCUGCUCCUCCAUCACUGCAGCCUCGAUCCACUCCGGCAGCCUCCCACUGAAUUUGACACCUGCAGGCGCAGAUGGGAAACAAUAAACUGCAGCGUGGAAGUGAACAAGCAAAGGUGCAGGAGGAAAUAAGCUCUGCUUCUUCUUACUCCUUUUCUGACAUGUAAUGAAAAAAAGUGUCACCUUGUUAGGACGAUAAUGGAUCAAGUGUGACUUCUUCACCCUCCCGUCCAGUUGGCCGACCUAACUCAGUAGCUAUGGCAACCUGUCAGAGGGGCUGCGCACCGGCUGUGCGCUUUUGUCAGAGGCUGAACCGACUCAAAACACUGGAUGAUGACAUGAUGGCCACGUCACUGAAACGCUGCCUCUCCACCUUGGACCUGACGCUGUUGGGUGUCGGCGGCAUGGUGGGCUCCGGGCUGUAUGUCCUGACAGGCACAGUGGCUAAAGACAUGGUCGGGCCUGCUGUCAUUGUAUCCUUCAUUUUCGCAGGUAUUGCCUCUUUGUUGGCAGCCUUUUGUUACGCAGAGUUUGGAGCACGCAUUCCCAAAACAGGAUCGGCGUACAUGUUUACUUAUGUCUCUGUGGGAGAGAUCUGGGCCUUUCUGAUCGGAUGGAAUGUGAUUCUAGAGAAUAUGAUCGGUGGUGCCGCCGUGGCGCGAGCAUGGAGUGGAUAUCUGGACUCCAUUUUUAACCACGCCAUCCAAAACUUUACUGAAACCCAUAUCAUGCGGUGGGAUGUGCCCUUCCUUGCCCAUUACCCAGACCUACUCGCUGCAGGAAUUCUAGUGGUUGCCUCUCUUUUUAUUUCCUUUGGAGUUCAAGUGUCCUCUUACCUCAAUCACAUUUUUUCCACAAUCAGUAUGUGUAUCAUAGUUUUCAUCCUGAUUUUUGGAUUUAUGCUGGCAGAACCCGCCAAUUGGAGUCAAAAAGAAGGAGGCUUUGCACCUUUUGGAUGGUCUGGAAUCUUGGCAGGCUCAGCCACAUGCUUCUACGCAUUUGUAGGUUUUGAUGUGAUUGCAUCCUCAAGUGAGGAGGCCAAGAAUCCUCAGAAGGCUGUUCCUAUUGCCACAGCAAUAUCCCUUGGACUGGCAGCUGCAGCCUACAUCUUGGUGUCCACAGUGCUCACAUUAAUGGUUCCCUGGCAUACUCUGGACCCCAACUCGGCUCUGGCAGAUGCUUUUUUCCGCCGAGGCUACAGUUGGGCUGGAGUUAUUGUGGCUGUGGGUUCCAUCUGCGCCAUGAACACUGUGCUGCUGUGCAAUCUCUUCUCCCUGCCUCGGAUUGUGUACGCAAUGGCAGAAGAUGGAUUGUUUUUCAAAAUCUUUGCACAGGUCAAUCCCACCACCAAAGUCCCCGUCAAUGCUAUUCUAGUUUUUGGAGUCCUCAUGGCCACAAUGGCUCUCAUUUUCGAUCUGGAGGCGUUGGUUCAGUUCUUGUCCAUUGGGACCCUGCUGGCCUACACCUUUGUGGCAGCGAGCGUCAUAGUUCUUCGCUUCCAACCAGAGAAAAGCAGCUCCAAAGGGACUUCAUCCACGUCUCCAAUCACUAAUGCUGAACCUUCUCCCGCCCCCUCGGAAUGUCAGAACAUAUCAGAGGACAGUGGUGAACUGAAACAGUACGAGUCCUUCUCAGACAAGCUCCAGUUGGUGGAGAGGCAGAAGACAAGGGAGCGCAGAGGGGCGGGCCAGCUGAGGGCCUACUGGGAACCUUACCUCGGCCGGCUGCUUGGUAACUGCGAGCCCGGUGAGGUGGUGGCCCUGUGUGUGCUUGGUCUGAUCGUGAGCUCGGUGUCGCUAUGUGUUGUGGUGGUAUUCGGACUCACGCAGAUGCAGCUGCCACUAUGGAGCUUUGCCACAUUGGUGGUGAUUUUCAGCCUGGCCUAUGUUACUUGCAUGGCACUCAUAUGGGUUCAUGAGCCUCAGACUAACACCAAAACAUUCCAGGUACCAGUGGUUCCAUUGACACCAGGGGCCAGUAUCCUCAUUAAUGUAUUCCUUAUGAUGAAGCUCAGCCCUCUAACCUGGAUUAGGUUCACUAUCUGGAUUGUCGUAGGUCUCUUUGUGUAUUUCAGCUAUGGGAUUUGGCACAGCAAAGAGGGCAUGAGAGAGCUGCAGCCCAAAGACAUGGCUGCCCGCUAUGUCGUGCUCCCCAGCGGCAGCCUCGUAGAAACCGUGGAGUCCGUCCAGCCCGAUGGACAAGUGGACACCUCAGCGCCUCACAUGAACCCUUCAGCCGCCACCACGACUGAGGAGUAUCCCAUAAGAAGAUGAUGUGUGAGCAAACAUGACGGUUCUGACUGCCUGCUGUGUACUGUACUACCCUUCUCGCUUGUUUAUACACACUGUAAGUCACACCUGCUGCUUUCUGUACACAUCGCUCUGCAAGUUUAAGCACACCCUUCGAAUGAGACGUGCAUCCUCUGUCUUGUUGUGAAGCUUAUUUGUAUAUCUUGUAAUACUCAAAGCAGAGUGCUUUCUCACAAAUCUCCUAGCGUCAGAUAUACUUAAAGGCCUACUGAAACCCACUACUACCGACCACGCAGUCUGAUAGUUUAUAUAUCAAUGAUGAAAUCUUAACAUUGCAACACAUGCCAAUACGGCCGGGUUAGCUUACUAAAGUGCAAUUUUAAAUUUUGCGCGGAAUAUCCUGCUGAAAACGUGUCGGUAUGAUGACACCUGCGCGUGACGUCACGGACUGUAGAGGACAUUUUGGGACAGCAUUGUGGCCAGCUAUUAAGUCGUCUGUUUUCAUCGCAAAAUUCCACAGUAUUCUGGACAUCUGUGUUGGUGAAUCUUUUGCAAUGUGUUCAAUGAACAAUGGAGACAGCAAAGAAGAAAGCUGUAGGUGGGAAGCGGUGUAUUGCGGCAGGUGUUGUGCCGGAUAACGCACCCCCGCCGUAGAAUGCAUCCCCUGACUGUUGUGCCGGAUAACACAGCCGGUGUUUCAUUGUUUACAUUCCCGAAAGAUGACAGUCAAGCUUUACCAUCGGCCUGUGGAGAACUGGGACAACAGAGACUCUUACCAGGAGGACUUUGAGUUGGAUACGCAGACACGGUACCGUGAGUACGCAUGCAGCUGCGGCUUCCAAACAGUUGAUCGCUUCCCUGUACGUGCAUGCCGCGAUGUGCAUGUCACAUACGUAACUUUGGGGACUUUGGGGAAAUAUAUGUGCUGUAUGAACUUUGGGGAGGUGAACGGUACUUUGGGCUGUGGGAUUGAGUGUGUUGUGCAGGUGUUUAAGUUGUAUUGGCGGGUUAUAUGGACGGGAGGGGGGAGGUGUUUGUUAUGCGGGAUUAAUUUGUGGCAUAUUAAAUAUAAGCCUGGUUGUGUUGUGGCUAAUAGAGUAUAUAUAUGUCUUGUGUUUAUUUACUGUUUUAGUCAUUCCCAGCUGAAUAUCAGGUCCCACCCGCCUCUCACAGCAUCUUCCCUAUCUGAAUGCUCCCACUGCCCUCUAGUCCUUCACUCUCACUUUCCUCAUCCACGAAUCUUUCAUCCUCGCUCAAAUUAAUGGGGAAAUCGUCGCUUUCUCGGUCCGAAUCGCUCUCGCUGCUGGUGGCCAUGAUUGUAAACAAUGUGCAGAUGUGAGGAGCUCCACAACCUGUGACGUCACGCGCAUAUCGUCUGCUACUUCCGGUACAGGCAAGGCUUUUUUAUCAGCGACCAAAAGUUGCGAACUUUAUCGUCGAUGUUCUCUACUAAAUCCUUUCAGCAAAAAUAUGGCAAUAUCGCGAAAUGAUCAAGUAUGACACAUAGAAUGGACCUGCUAUCCCCGUUUAAAUAAGAAAAUCGCAUUUCAGUAGGCCUUUCAAAUCAAGGUUGUAGGUUAAAUGCUCUAUGGUGCUUUUUCUGUGACAACCUCUUCUGAAAGCUCUGCUGGGUUUUGACACAAUUUUAUAUAAAGUUGGGAAAUUUGACAUCAAGCCAAAAAUCCUGAGUGUAAUCAGCAAUUAUGUGAUUAAUUUGUCUCAUUUUAUUUCAUUAAGCCUCAGGAGGAAUUCAAAUAAUGUGCAUCACUUAGCACAAUUAUCUUAGUGGUACAUUCCAACUGUGCUGGACUGAGUGGGUUCUCACCAAUUAUUUAAUUUCAUAUGCUAAGCUGUGUGUUUAUACAGUAUUUAUCUUAUUAUAAUUGAUUAUUUUUUUUAUUCCUACUAUUAACUUGUUUUUCCAGUUGUGUGUUCUUGCCACAGUUGAUUUUUGUGUGUGUUCACUGUUCACCCAUGAGUGACGUUUCCCACCGACUAUCCCCUAAAAAAGAGCAACACGUCAGUGCUUAAUCUCCCAAAUCUCAUCCCAUGACCCUGAGCUCCUUUGUGUCACAAUUAAUUGUUUUUCUUCAUGCACUGUUAAACCGCACACAUUUCUCUUGUCACUAACAUCAUCAUAGAUAUAAAAGCACAGCAGUUCAUCUAUGGAGGCCAUAAAAGUAUUACAAACUGUAAAACACUUUUAUGCAUUGCAUCAAACAAAUUGAUUCUCAGAAAACAAAAUAACAUACAUUGCUUAUCACAGUCUUCUCACACCACAUUUGAACUUCAAAUAUUGCAGUUUUACCAGAUUGCAGAUUUUUUCUUUUUCUUUGAGAAAACUUAUUUAGGGUAAAAUGUUGUAGAAUAUUCUUAAUCACUUAAUAUAAUGCCUCCCCACCCCCAGAAGAAAACAUUGCACACCCCCUCACUCCCCACAAUUAUAAAUAGAAUAAUUUAUCUACAAAAUUGUUAUAAGUACACCUCUACAUAACAUUGUAUCUUUACGAACAUUAUAGAAAAAUAAAUAGAUGUACCGUAUUUUUCGGAGUAUAAGUCGCUCCGGAGUAUAAGUCGCACCUGCCGAAAAUGCAUAAUAAAGAAGGAAAAAAACAUAUAUAAGUCGCACUGGAGUACAAGUCGCAUUUUUUGGGGAAAUUUAUUUGAUAAAACCCAACACCAAGAAUAGACAUUUGAAAUGCAAUUUAAAAUAAAUAAACAAUAGUGAACAACAGGCUGAAUAAGUGUACGUUAUAUGAGGCAUAAAUAACCAACUGAGAACGUGCCUGGUAUGUUAACGUAACAUAUUAUGGUAAGAGUCAUUCAAAUAACUAUAACAUAUAGAACAUGCUAUACGUUUACCAAACAAUCUGUCACUCCUAAUCGCUAAAUCCCAUGAAAUCUUAUACGUCUAGUCUCUUAUGUGAAUGAGCCAAAUAAUAUCAUUUGAUAUUUUAGGGUAAUGUGUUAAUAAUUUCACACAUAAGUCGCUCCUGAGUAUAAGUCGCACCCGCGGCCAAACUAUGAAAAAAACUGCGACUUAUAGUCCGAAAAAUACGGUACUUAUUAAUGCCUUAUUAUAACCCUAACCCUAACCCUCUAACCCUGGCCCUAACCCUAACCAAAUAACUCUAUAUUAAGUCUUUGUUACUUAGAAUAUGUUCCCCAUACUAAAGUGUUACCAAAAACAGAUAACUUUGUCUUGAAUUUGAAUUAUUUUUCACCAAAGAAGGGUUACACACAUAUAUACAUAAGUAGACAUAAGUCGCUCCUGAGUAUAAGUCGCACCCCCGGCCAAACUAUGAAAAAAACUGCGACUUAUAGUCCGAAAAAUACAAUAGAUCAAUUUACAAAAAAGUGUGUCAAUUUGCCCGAAGUUAAAAACAAAUAUAUAUAAAAAAUGUUGGAACGGAUUGAACCAUUUGAUACUGAAAAAAACAUUUCAUAAACUCAAUAAAUUAUAUUAAAUUCAAAUUCAUCAGCAGCAUUACCUCAAGAGCACACCUUAACUUACAAAUCAAAAAAGAAUAAAACAAUUUGUGCUAACUUUUCUCAUCAAAAUGAUGAAGUCAGGAUUAAUGGUUACAAUGAGCACGUUUUUAGUUGUUUGAAGCAUGAUACUGAUAAAGCCUGUGGUCACUCACUCCCUACCUCACUAUUUCAGAAGAAAUGCCCUAAGUUAAGCAUUUCAAGCAUACAAUGGCUAAAUUAACUAUACAUAUCAAUACUACAGUGAUAUAGGCCACUAAUCCGUUCUCGUAAUGUUGAAAAAUGUCUUAGGAACGUGCUAAGCUACGAAAAUAUUUGAUUUAUGAAUAUUUUUAUUUUUAUUUUUAUUAAGGAUCCCCAUUAGCUGGUUGCCUCAACAACCCACUAGUCUUCCUGGUGUCCACAAUUCAAUACAAUUACAAGUAAAAGCAUAUAAUUAUAACUACACAAUACAGAAAAAAUAAAAUAAAAUAAAAGCAUCUAUAAGAAAACAAGCAAACAAUUUCCAGUCACAGAAUAAUAAUUACCAUAUAAAUAUAACUACACAAUAUAAAACCAAAUAAAUAAUCUACGAGCAAACUCAUUUAAAGACUCAAAUAAAAUAUUACUUUCUUUUUAAAAACCUGUUUACUUUCAAUGCCGUUGAGAAUUUGAGCCAGGUUAUUCCAGAGCGAUAAAGAUCUAUAAAUAAAAGAUUUCCGCAAAGCAUUCUUCCUGGGACGGGGAGUACAAAAUGCCCCUCACUGGACGCCCUGGUAUUAUGAUUAUGUAUAGUGCUACUGUGAACUAUAUUGAUUCCCACUUCGCGGAAAGGACUUUAUCGCUGUCAUGUCCAGAACCAAUCGGCAUCGAUAAACAAGGGAUUACUGUCUAUACAUAAAAAGUGUUUUGCAAUUCCCAGCCACCAUAUUAAUUAGCGUUGUAUUGUCACUCAUCAGAAUGGAUUUAGCACAAAUGAACUGACAUUACAUGUUGGCAGGGGGAUGCAUACAUUGUGACCUCUGCUACAGAUGGUAAACAUUCCCACACUUGUGCAUAUUAAACAAGUAGCUGAUGUUCAAACAUAUUUUCAUUUCUUGUCUGCUUAUAAAACCAAUGGCCUUAAACAUGCCAAUCAAGGAAUAGUUUUACUCCACAAUAGAUUGCACUCUGCAGCGAGCAUGUUGCAUUUCAUUAUCACAAUGUGUAAACCAAAUACAAACUGAAUGUAAAAGGUUUAGUUUUGGAGGGAGGCCCCAAAUAAUUUGCACACUAUUUUAAAAUGUGUUUUUCAUGCUUUCACCAAAAAGCACAGACAUUAUUAUUAUUAUUAUUAUUAUCAUCAUGACAGUCCUUCUUUCGAGUGGUGUUGCUCCUGCACAUUACAGUCUCCAUCUUUCAAUUGUGUCUGUAUGAAAGUGCUGUGUCCUAAAUGUAAAAUAAAUGUUUUGAAGCAG